AUGUCUCCUACAGGAUUUGAAAUCAGCAUAGCGGAUGAAGCAGAAAUAGAGGAGAAGCGAAUCGAUCCCACAAAAUUGGCGAAAGAGCUCGGUGUUUCUGAUGAUACCACGCCAUUGGAUCUUGAUGGAACAAAAGAGAGCUGUCAAUAUGUACUUCAAAGAUGGAGAAACAUUGUACGGCCUUCAUCAUUCAACCAUCGCAUGGUUUUGGCUGAUACUCUGCACAAUCUUGGCGAGAAGGAGCUUGCACUCGGUAUUAUCUCAGGAAAGUUCCGGAACAACAUCAUAAACAGCCGAGUAUCAAAAAUGCUAGCAAGAACCAUUCCAGAGGGAGAAACGGAUGUACUGACUAGAGUUCUUGGCAAGGAGAUGAAAAAAGAUCUAACCCCUUGUGAUGUUAUAACCGCCUGGGUGACUGAAAAAAGGUUUUUCGGGUUUCUUGAAAAAAGUCCAAUAACAUUGAGCAACGAACUUCUCAAAGCAGGAUUCUAUCCAUUUGCUCAUGAGAUAAUGGCAGGUGGAUGGAAAGGAAAGGAGGCGAUCAAACAAACUCCAGGAGACGAGGCUGGAGAUAAGAAGAAUGAAGAUAGCAUGAGUCGUGAUGUUACACAGGCAGAUCCAGAUGAAUUGAAAGAAAAAAAGGAGACUGCCAAAGCAGGAAGUCAAGGAGAGGAUGUUGUAAGCAAGAAGAAUGAUGAUAACAUGACUCAUGAUCUUAAAUCUACGAAGGAAGGCCCAGGUACAGGCAAUACCAAGAAGAAAACAGAGGAUAAUACGAGUGAUAACAAUUCAGAACAACUUUCUAAAAGCUCGGAACAAUAUGAUCAUUGGGGUAAAGGUCUUACUAGCCAUGCUAGCAGUGGGGAUGCACAUACGAUGACAAGAGGUACAUUUCGUGUUUAACCGUCGACAUGACUACUGAGUGCUGAUGUGAAGUUAUAUUUCUAGCUGAUGAACUUGCAGAACAUGCCAGAGACGAUCUAUUCUCUGACAGUACAACACACCUCGUACAAAGGAUCUGCUGAUACCCUCUGCAUUUUUUUUACCUUUGAUUUUAUUUCAGUUUGUUGUAUCAAUACAUGUUUGAGUAGAUGAUGAGCUAUUUCACUUCAGUCGAUUCCACAGUGUGGUGUGAUCCAUUCUGGGUUUACAAACACACGACUAACAUGACUAAGGUACCAUUGAAAUCUCGAGAGGGGCAAUUUUGGCGAGAGAAAUGAGCGAGCCCCAAUUGAGCCAUGCCAUGAAUAAGUUAUAUUAUUCAAGAUAUGGUAAAAAAAAGGACACAUAUGAACUAGUUCUAAACCAUUUUUUAGCAUCUGGUACCAUACAUGUAUGUCUGUAAAUCUACAAUUGGUAUCAUACCCAAUCGAAAAUUGGUCUUUCUCGGCAUUUAUGUUCAUUCGUCAACACAGGUUUUCAAUAAUAUAUUGAUGUACACACGAGCUCACAGGAAGCUAUUGAAACUUGUAUCUGUAUAAGGUGAAUGUGCACUUAACGCUUUAACGAUGUCGAAAAUCCCAAAAGAAAUGAAAACAAGAUAAUUCUCAAGAUUUUCACACAUUCAUCUACCACAUACUUUUUAAAUUUUUUUGGGCUCUCGACUGUUGCAAAAAAUCAUCCCAAAUGGGACACGUCGCUGUUGCCAUAGUAGCAACAACAAUUUUGCGCACGAACCGCAUGUCUAAUGUCCCCGUUGUGGAUGCGAAAAGUCCGGUAGUUAAAAGAUACAUGUACGGGGGAAAAUAAAAAGAAGAGCUUCCUAUUCCAUUCAUUUAACAUGUUCAAAUAAAUGGUGCUUUAAGACAUUGCGUCCCAUUUUUUGUCUUUGGUUUUGAAAAGUUCCGUAAGAGGUUAACAUGUUUCUUAGUUCAUAUUGUGAGUUAACGGCUUUGUAACAAUGUGAUGUAAUUGUACAUUUCUAACUGUUACCCUUCGCCCCCAAAAUAUGCCACUGCCAGACCAUUAUUAUUUACGACAUAUUGACGUGCGGUAGUAAAAAGGCAGGCAACAUUGCUUAUUUGUGUACCUAUCAUAUUCAAGGCGCUAGGAUACAUGGCUUCAUGCGAAAUACAAAUAGUAGUUCCAUAAAUGUCAUAAAUGGUGUUCUAAAAGAAAAUUGUUUGCUGAUUAAAAUGAUUUAAUGCUGCUCAUAUGAUGUUUUU